GCAUUUUCUUCCUUGCCCAACUUUUUUAACCAGCUAUUACCAUGGGCGACACCUCUCACUCUCAUACUCACGGCGGCGAGCCCUGCGGCGGGCACGGUCAUGACCACGGGCACUCGCAUGGCCAUACGCACGACGGGCAGCCAUGCACUGGACACGGCGACCUCGACAGCCAGGAGGUUAGAGAUGCUCAGGCCGAGGCCCAGGCCAUGACCGACGUUGUAGCUGCAUUCCUGUACUACAAAACAUACUCGCUGAAUACCGCAAUUUACCGCCGCCUACACUCGAUUGAUGAGCUCAGUGAGGAGCACCGCAAGAUUGUGUCGUCUCUGGGUACCAUCGACAAGAUCAAGAAGGCGGAGGAGCUGCUACGUGAGAACUACAAGUUCAUUCUCAAUCUGACGUAUGCAAACACUGUCGGCUCGAUGCCCAAUCCGAAUGAGGACCCUGAUAAGCUGCGCGAGUUCCUGAAGAUGUUCUUUGCAUAUCGGGAGCGCACGAGCGGUAAGCCUGCCAAGGACCACCACAUGGAUAAGGUCAUCAGCACGCUGAAGCAGUUUGUGCGCGACUGGUCUGUUGAAGGCAAGGCGGAGCGCGAGACAACCUAUGGUCCGAUCAUGCAGGCGCUUGACGACGAGUUUGCUGACACUAGGCCUGAGGAACGUGGCAAAAUCAACGUGCUGGUGCCAGGUGCCGGGCUAGGCCGCCUUGCCUACGACAUUUGCUGCCGCGGAUUCAGUGCACAGGGCAACGAGUUUUCGUACUUUAUGCUGUUUGCGUCCAACUUUGUUCUCAACAAGGUCGAGCAGCCCGAAGAGAUUACGAUUUACCCUUUUGUGCACCAGUUCUCCAACGUGGCCAAUGUCGACGAUCAGAUGCGGGCCGUUCGCAUCCCUGAUGUGCUGCCCAGCGAGCUGCCAUACAAGGACACGGCGGACUUCUCGAUGACUGCUGGCGACUUUAUCGAGGUGUAUGGCGAUGACGAGGAAAAGGAGAGCUGGGACGCUAUCGUCACCUGCUUCUUCAUGGAUACAGCCAAGAAUGCGAUCAAGUACCUCGAGACCAUGUGGCAUGCCAUGAAGCCUGGUGCUGUGUGGAUCAACCUGGGUCCGCUGCUCUGGCACUUUGACAACAUCGAAGGCGAGGAAUCGGUUGAGUUUACGCGCGACGAGUUUGUGCAACUGGCGAAGGAGAUCGGGUUUGUGUUCGACGAAAGCAAGUUCAGGGAUGACGUGCCGGCCACGUACACGGCCAACUCCAAGAGCAUGCUGCACUACACGUACAGCACAUUCUUCAGCGUCGCGCACAAGCCCAAGUAAAGCGAGUCGUCUGGGAGCAUAUGGAUUUAGUUCUGUGAGGUCAUUAAAAGAUAAAAGCUCUAGU